UGUUCCUAAUUCAAUUAUUCUGUAUAAUUGAAUUAGAAACAAAAGUGAAAUUGCUGCUGCAUGGAGCUACUAUACCUAGUUCAGUAGAUGAAAAUUUUUUUAGUUAAGAUGAACCUCAUCAAGUAGGUUGAGUUAUGAAUUUUCCAAUAAUAAAUAACUUAAUUAAAAGUUGUAAAGAGUCUCAUCAAAGAUAUAAAGUUUAUUUGGCUGAGCAAACUAGCUUAGGAAAAGUUGAAUCAUUAAAGGUAAACCAAGCAGACUUGCUGGCAAAAUCUUUUCAACAGCAAAAAACAGAUCUAGAACUUAUCAAAACAGAUAUAAGGAUAUGCAAAGCUGGCAUCGAUGUUGCAGAAACUGCUAUUGAUGAAGGUAAUCAAAAACUGCAACAAGCACUACUCAAAGUAAAUUUAUAUCGAACUGUAUGCCAAUCUUCACAAACUACAAAUAAAUCUUGAAAUUUUGGAAAAAAAGAAAUCAGUCAAAUAAAGUUAUAAAAGCUGCUGAAAAAGCAUUUUUCUUCAAACUUUUUAUGUUAUUUUUUAUUUAGUAAAUUAUUGAACUUUGUAAGUUUUGAAAUAUAGUUUUAUAAUGUAUUUUAAUAUACUAUGAUAUAUAAUAAUAAAAAUAAUUUACCUAGUACAUUUGUUUUCAGUCGUGCCGUAAAUAGCUCUUGUAAACCGUUUCAGGAGAGUGUGGGCGAGAGCUGGCUCGCUUCCGGCCGAGGCCUGUAUACAUAUAUAUAAAUACACUCAUAUUUAUGUUUAUAUAUAUCAGGGGCGGAUCAAGUUUUAAUUGUUACUCGAAAUAACUUACUUCCUGACAUGGAAGAAACUUCAAAUAUUUAUAUGUUUAUACUUAUGCCAAAAAUAUAUGUUUUGCUAAAAAUUGCGACGAUU